AUGUGCUCCGUGGGUAACAAGGCUUUUUUCGUCUGGAUCAACUUGGCUGCAGCCUCCACUCAGGAUGAGCGCUGUGAAAACUCUUCUCCCGCCAGCAACAGCACCAGUCCCCAGUGCAAUGCCUUAGUGGACCUGAUUGGUACAUGUUGGCCUCAUAGUGCUGCAGGACAGCUUGUGGCCCGCCCAUGUCCUGAAUUUUUCUUCGGCGUGAGAUACAACACAACAAACAAUGUUUACAGAGAGUGCUUUGCCAAUGGGAGCUGGGCAACUCGUGUGAAUUACUCCCAGUGUCAAGAGAUCCUCAAUGAAGAGAAAAGAAGCAAACUUCAUUAUCACAUUGCGGUCAUCAUCAACUACCUUGGGCACUGCAUCUCCUUGGGAGCCUUGCUAGCGGCUUUUGUCCUCUUUAUGCGCUUGAGGAGUAUCCGCUGCCUGCGAAAUAUUAUCCAUUGGAAUCUGAUCACGGCCUUCAUUUUGAGGAAUGCCACAUGGUUUGUGGUGCAGCUCACCAUGAAUCCAGAUGUGCACGAAAGCAAUGUGCCCUGGUGUCGGCUCGUCACUGCUGCCUACAACUAUUUCCAUGUCACGAAUUUCUUCUGGAUGUUUGGUGAGGGCUGUUACCUUCACACAGCUAUCGUCCUUACCUAUUCCACAGACAAGCUUCGGAAAUGGAUGUUCAUCUGUAUCGGCUGGUGCAUCCCUUUCCCCAUCAUCAUUGCUUGGGCCAUUGGGAAGCUCUACUAUGACAACGAGAAGUGCUGGUUUGGGAAGCGUGCAGGAAUCUACACGGACUACAUCUAUCAAGGUCCUAUGAUCUUGGUGCUGCUGAUCAACUUUAUCUUUCUGUUCAAUAUUGUCAGAAUCUUGAUGACGAAGCUUCGGGCCUCAACCACCUCAGAGACUAUCCAGUACAGAAAAGCUGUGAAGGCCACUCUUGUGCUUCUUCCAUUACUGGGCAUUACUUACAUGCUUUUCUUUGUCAACCCUGGAGAAGAUGAAGUAUCCCGGAUUGUCUUCAUCUACUUCAACUCUCUCUUGGAAUCCUUCCAGGGCUUUUUUGUCUCUGUCUUCUAUUGUUUCCUGAACAGUGAGGUCCGCUCUGCGGUACGGAAGAGAUGGCACCGGUGGCAGGACAAGCACUCCAUCCGGGCCCGGGUGGCAAGAGCCAUGUCCAUCCCCACGUCUCCAACACGCGUCAGCUUCCACAGCAUCAAGCAGUCAACGGCACUCUGA